CUGGAGAAGUUCGUGCGUUUGCGCGCAAACACAAAUCUCAGUAGAGCCAUGGUGGUUGUCACAAGCGUAAGGAGAGGAGAACAGUAAAGAGAGACAGCAGCAGUGAUCAGAGUAUACCAGCUAUAGAGUAGAAGUGGUGUGUCAUUAAUAGGUCAUCACAGUCUGUAUUCCAAUCAAUACAUUUACUUUAACAGAGCGCCUCGGUAUGUUCAGAGCGGUGUUUGGAAAUAGACGCGAUGGAAAAGGAAAAAAAGGAGAGAAAAAGGCCAAAGUUGAUUCAGCUCGGAGCGGGAAACAGCGGAAGCUGACUAAGGGCAUGUCCAUAUCACUGCCCUCCUCCCCCCUCCUCCCCCGCCAGGACUACCUUCUGCCCUCUCCCACCCCCGCAUGGGGCCACUCACCAGGUGUGAGGAGGAGGAGGAGGCAGGCGGCGCUGGAUGGAUGUCCUUAUGAAGAGCCGGUCUCCGCGUCGUGUCGACCGACGGAGCACUACAGAGAGGUCCUGACCGCCCCCCCAGCGUGGCUCCGUCCUGCCGCCCCAGGAGCUGAUGACCAGACUAUGCUUGCUGCUGGAGACCCCGCCCACCCAGCGACCAUGGAGGAUCUCAGGGAGAGCAUGUGCCAGGAAGCCAGUCCCAGCUCCACCCUGACCUGUAGCUCCGCCUCCCCUCGAUCGGACAGCCCCACCUCCUCCUCCUCCAACAACAUGAUACCCACUACCGGGGCGCCCCCCUCACCGGGUCCCCAUUCUGGACCCCCGGCACCCAGCGCCCCCUUUGGGCCCAGGAGUGUCUCGGGGGCCCCUCACCCCGGGCCGGCCCCCAGCCCGGGGCUCUGUCCUGGGGGCAGCCCCUGGCCCGGCCGGAGCCCCACCUCCACCCUGGAGAGCAAGGACAGCGGCAUCAUAGCCACCAUCACCAGCUCGUCGGAGAACGAGGAGCGGGGCUCUAGUGUGGAGCUAGCCCGAGAGGAGGGCAGCGCUGCCGCCCCGGACCCCCCGCCGCCGCCCGGCUCGCUACGGAACAAUCUGGCGCUCCUCAAAGACCAGGCGGAGACAGGACCAGACAUCACAGCGCCCAGGACUCCACCCCCGCCCAAGAGGCCCCUCCCACAACGCAAUGCCCACACCACCUCCUCCUUGGUGCUGCCGCGCCCCAACUCAGUAGCAGCGACCAGCUCCACCAGACUGGAGGAUCUUGGGUAUUUGGACGCACGGCGAGACGCAGGUCAUCGCGGUUCUGUAAGGAAACACAAGUCGGUGCGGUCACACCACGACUCCAGAGGGAGGUUGGCGCCCUUGAAGCAGACUGACAUCAUGCUGAAGCCGCUCCUGUUUGAAGUGCCCGGCGUUACCGCGGAGACGCCCUUCGUGGGCCGUGAUUGGCUGUUUGUCCGCCUGGAGGAGGUCCUGAAAGAGUGCAGCGUCUACGAGGGCCGGGGGGCCGUCAUCGUCGGGAACGCCGGCUCCGGGAAGACGGCCAUCAUCUGGCGUCUGGUCAUCCUCAGCUGUCAUGGCGGACGUGUACCACAAGGGGGCACCAUGCCAGCCAGCCCCAGCUCCUCCCCCAGGGGUGGGGGGAGAAAGGCAAAGCCCACCCCCAAGACCCCUCCAGACCCCCUGUCCAAUCAGAACACUGCUUCAGCUGCCACUCACUCAAAAGAGCCAAUCAGAUGCCUGGCCGCCAAGGUGGUGGCCUACCACUUCUGCCAGGCCGACAACACCUACACGUGUCUGGUUCCGGAGUUCGUCCACAGCGUGUCGGCCCUGCUGGCCCGGGCGCCGCAGCUCAGCGCCUACCGCCAGCUGCUGCUGCAGGAGCCGCAGCUCCAGAGUGCUCUCAGCCUGCGCUGCUGCGUCCAGGACCCCACCACCGCCUUCCGUAGGGGCGUCCUGGAGCCUCUCAUCAGCCUGCACAAAGAGGGGAAGCUUCCAGAGGAGGACUUCAUCAUCCUAGUGGACAGCCUCAAUGAGGCGGAGUUCCACAAGCCUGAUUACGGGGACACCAUCGCUUCGUUCAUCACCAGCAUCACGUCCAGGUUCCCUCCCUGGCUCAAGAUGCUGGUGACCGUCCGUACUGCCCUGGUGGACAUCACCACCCCCCUCCCCUUCGCGGGCAUCUCCCUGGACAUCCUGCCCGACAGCAGUGACCUCGGCGCCGACCUCAGCGACUACAUCCACUUCCGGGUCAGCCACAGCAGCCGCGUGGCCGCCAACGUUACCACGGCGACGGGCGUCGCCCCGGACCCCCUGCUGCUCAGCAAGUUCAGCAGCCAGCUGGUGGGGCGGAGCCACGGGGGGUCCCUCCUCUACCUGCAGCUGACCCUUGACCUCUUCCACCACCAGCACCUGGCGCUGAAGGCGGGAAACUACCGCGUGGUACCUGUCUCACUCUCAGAGGUCUACCUGCUGAUGUGCCGCGCUGCCUUCCCGGAGGCGGGGGAGUUUGAGAAGGUGUCCCCCCUGCUGAGCAUCGCCCUGGCCUCCCUGCACCCGCUCUCCGACCAGCAGAUGUUCAGAGCGCUGAACGCUGGCAGCGUCCAGGGCCGGCUGGGCUGGGAGGAGCUGCAGCGCCGCCUCCAGAGCCUGGACGGCUUCAUGGUAAAGCGUAGAGACGGGACCCGCAUGCUCUGCCACCCCUCCUUCAGGGAGUGGUUGGUAUGGCGCGCCGACGGGGAGAGCAACGACUUCCUUUGUGACCCAAGGAGUGGCCAUGCUCUGCUGGCCUUCAUGUUUUCUAGACAAGAGGGGAAGUUGAACAGACAGCAGACGAUGGAGUUAGGACAUCACAUCCUAAAAGCACACAUCUUUAAGGGUCUCAGUAAGCGGUCAGGUCUGUCCUCCAGUCUCCUUCAGGGUCUCUGGGUCAGCUCCAGUACAGACAACCUGUCAGCCGCCCUAGGCUCCCUCAGGAACCUCUACACCCCCAACAUCAAGGUGAGUCGUCUGUUGAUCAUGGGCGGGGCCAACGUCGCCUGGAGUACAGAGGUCCAUGGCCACGCCCCCAUUCUAGGUGUCCACGCCCACCUGGGUCACCUGGAGAUGGUCUCUCUGCUGCUGGAGACGGGGGCUCCUUUGGAAGGGCCCACCGACACAGGCCUCACCCCCCUCUGUCUGGCUGCGGCGGGAGGCCACGGGGCCCUGGUCAGCCUUCUAUGCAAGAGAGGAGCAAAGCUGCAGCACACUGAUAAGAGUGGUCAGUGUGCUCUGGUCCAUGCGGCCCUGAAGGGCCACGCUGAGGUCCUCAGGAUCCUGCUGCAGCAGGCCGGGGGGACCCAGCAUCCCGCGGGGCCCCCGGCAGAGACCGGCCCCCAGGCAGAGACCAGCCCCCAGAAGGAGAGCAGUGGGGGGGCCGGUGUUGACGGGAGGAAACAGGCAGCUCAGCAGGCCCUCACUGCGGCCUCAGGGGCUGGACACACUCAGGUGGUGCAGUUAUUGUUGGAGGAAGAGCAGAUGGUGCAGAUGGAGCUCCGAGACUCACUCUGGGGAGAAACAGCGCUCAGUUUGGCAGCCUCCAGAGGUCGGACAGAGAUGUGCGUCUUCCUGCUGGAGAAAGGGGCGGAACUAGAGACAGCCAAUCAGAAAGGAAUGACCCCCCUGCUGCUGGCGGUCAAACACGAACACACACAGGUGUGUGAGCUGCUGGUUAAGCGCGGUGCUGACGUGAACGCCAGCGACCAUCAGGACCGAUCGGCCCUGAUGCUGGCGGCGGCUGACGGACAGCUGGCCACGGUGGAGCUGCUGCUGGCUGAAGGCGCCUCCGUGUGCUCCGUGGACCAGGGGGGCCUGACGGGGCUGGGCUGGGCCUGCCUGAAGGGCCACAAGGGCAUCGUUCAGCUGCUGGUGGACCGAGGGGUCAGCCUGGACACCGCCGAUAAACACGGGCGCACGCCGCUGGACCUCGCCGCCAUGAACGGAGACGCCGACACCGUGAGCUACCUUGUGGAGCAGGGGGCCGCGGGGGACAAGGAGACCAGUGGCUCCAGAGCUCCAGAGAGACACACCCCUGCCCCGGUCACGUCUCUAAAGAAAGGCUCCAAGAUCGGCUACAGAACGGCUCCCCACGACCGAUCAGGUCAUGCUACCUGGGCGAUGGCGUCCUCUAAGCCAGACAUCCUGCUCAUCCUGCUGCACAAACUCAUGGAGGAGGGAAACAUGUUGUACAAGAAGGGUCGCAUGAAGGAGGCGGCCCAGCGCUACCAGUACGCUCUGAGGCGCUUCCCAGGCCACACCGCGGGGGAGGACCAGGAGCUGAAGGCCCUGCGCGACCUCAGGGUCUCCCUCUACCUCAACCUGUCCCGCUGCCGCCGCAAGACCAACGACUUUGGCAUCGCUGAGGACUUCGCCACCAAGGCCUUGGAGCUGAAGCCGUGGUGUUAUGAGGCUUAUUACGCCCGAGCCCGAGCCAAGAGAAGUAGCCGACACUUUGCUGCGGCGCUGGACGACCUGAAGGAGGCCGCGCGGCUGGCCCCCUCCAACAAGGAGAUCCGUCGGCUGCUGACCCGCGUGGAGGAGGAGUCGCUGCUCCACCAGAAGUCCUCCUCCUCCACCUCCUGCGGCCCCGUGCUGGAGAGCAGCCCCUCCCACCAGCCCCACCCCCACCCUGCAGUGCCGGAGCCCGAGGGCUCGGACAGACAGAGCCCUACCGACAGACUCCUGCAGGAGAGGGAGGAGCAGGGGCAGCAGGAGGAGCAGCGCCAGACACAGCCUUGUGGGAAAAGGAGCGGUGAGUACUGGCCCCAGAACCCCUACGGCCCCCGGCGGCCCGAGGGCCCCGGGGAGCAGCAGUCCAGCCAGACCCAGCCCGGUCACUCGCUCCAGACAGGGGCUGGUGGGCGGGCCGGGGGCCGGCCCCUCUCCCUGGGCGGACCCCCCAGCCCCUUGCCGGGCCGACACAUGCCCACAUCCCUCAGACCUCACAUCAGCCCCCUUGCCCCAACCCCGGAUGUGGAUCCCUCUGCUCCUCGCUGUCCCCAAGACCCCUACCUCCCCCUCUCCCCGUCAGCCACCUCCCCUCCCCCCACCCUCCUACACCCCUACCACCCUCUCUCGCCCCCGGCCACCUCUCCCAACGCUCCCCUCCACCACCCCUACCACCCUCUCUCGCCCCCGGCCACUUCCCCGCCGCCCCCCCUCCUCCACUCCUAUCUUCCCCUCUCCCCGCCGGCCACCUCCUCCCACGCUACUCAACACCACCCCUACCAGCCCCGCUCCUCCAGCUUCUCCCGGGUCUCCGACCGCCUGACCAACCCACCCAGCAUGCUGGACAGCCUCUCCCUGGAGGGGAGGCGUGACCUGGGCACCGCGGGGUCUCGGGGCUCCAGCUCCAGCCAGGCCUCUAGCGGCGGGAACCUGUCGGACUGCGGCCGCCAGCAGGAGGCGCCACGCCUCCCCAGGAGCAGCGGCAGCUUCAAGACCAAGCAGGAGGUGAAGCCCCGCCCCUUUAUGGGCGUCAUGGACAAGUCGGUCAGAGUCCAGACCCACCAGACACCCUCUGGUAGGGGAGGAGGUGGAGGAGGAGGAGGUGGAGGAGGUGGAGGAGGAGCAGCAGAGGGCUUCAACAUGUCGCUGGUGGAGUUCCAGAUGUUGAACAGUGAGCUGCAGUGGGGGCCGUACCAGGAACAGGGGGUCCCCGGGGGUCCAGGAAGGGAAUUUAGCGAGGCGAGGGCCAACAGAGAUGCCCCCCCCCUGCACCGCGGGCCCAUCAAACCCAAGCGCUCCUUCAUUGAGUCCAAUGUGUGACUGUGUUCCCCGCCGCCCUCCGGUGGCCGCUCACAGUUUUAAUGCUCCUUUAAAUCCUAUGGCCUUGAGCUUAUAUCUAUACAGCAAGGGUAGUUAAUAGAACAUUACAAAGAAAUAAUAUUCUUAGAAUGGGUAUGUGUUAUUCCUAGAACUAUGAAUCCUAAAGAGACAUUUACUACGUGCAUGAUAUUUAAACGCAUUAGGAGCCAGAUACGAACAUUUGGAUCGAGGAGGGAGAACAUUUAUAUUUGUAUGCCAUGCAACAUUCAGAUGAUAUAUUUCCAUGUAAGAGAUGAUUGGUUCAGUAAGUAUAAGAUCUUUAAGACAACUGGACAAUCCUAUUCUUGGUACGUUUGAUAAAUUGCAUUGUAAUUCAUUGACGGAAAUGUUUCAUUCUAAAGAAAAGGCUUUAUUUAUUUUUGGAAGCAGAGAGGAAAUGUUUCUUGGUUUGUGAGAAAGAUAGUGUUUACAAGGUGGAAGGACUGCUAACUGUUUAUCCAAAGUAUUAUUCUAUAUCAUAGACAGGAACCACGCAUCCUGGUGGUACAUUCAUAUAUUCAGAAUUAUAAUAAUAAAAAAAUAAAAUAAAUACGGAGUAGAAUGUG